UGCUUUCUUCAAUCUCACUUCCGCAUAACGUCGUGUCGUCUUUUUAACAGUUGGCUUCAUUCGCUCAAGGAACUGAAUUCCUGUGUUGAGGAAGAGGUGUACUAAAUUAUCAGUAAAAGAGAGCAAGAUGAAGCUGUACGUCGACGUUUUAAGAUAUAUCUCCAAAGAUGAUUUUAGGGUUCAUCGGUUGUAUAGCUUCGCCCAAGUAUUAAUAGUGGAUGGAGGCACUUACAAGGUCUUGAAGAACUUACUCAAGCAUAAACUUGUGCAUCAUUAUUCUUCCAAAUAUGAUGGGUUUCGUCUUACGUAUCUUGGCUAUGAUUUCCUUGCCAUUAAAACCAUGGUCAACCGUGGAGUCUUCACCGCUGUUGGUUGUCAAAUUGGGGUUGGCAAAGAGUCUGGUAACUCUUUCUAUCUACAUCUUUUAAAUGUUUUCCCAUUACCCGCUUUUUUUCUUUCUUGUAGUAAACAAAGUAGGACUUAUACAUGCACUUCUCUUAUUCAGGCUUUGGAAGAGCAUGGUUUUCCUGUACCAAAUGCUGUGGACAGUAAUAGACAUUGUGUAGUUAUGUCUCUUUUCAAAGGUUACCCACUUUUUCAAGUGAAACAGUUGCAAAAUCCAGAGACAGUAUUUGAAACAAUCAUUGGCCGUGUUGUUCGUCUGGCAGAACAUGGUCUAAUUCAUUGCGACUUCAAUGAGUUUUCUCUGCAGAUUGAUGAUGAUGAAAAGGUGACAAUGAUUGAUUUCCCCCUAAUGGUAUCUGUUUCAAUAUCACAUCUUACUGCACAGAUGUAUAAUGCUGAUGAUCUUAUGGGUAACAACAAAACAAUUCAGGAAGAGCCAACUUCCAGCUUUAACGAGGAAGAUCAAGUAGAAGAAAAUCUGCAAAGCUCUGAAGCAGGCCGAACCUGUGAUCCUGAAGGUCAAAACUCAAGCAACGAGGAAGAUGAUGAGCAGAAGGGUGACGAAUAUGAAACCGAACUCGUGAAGAGCUUGGCCAAGCAGAGACGACGUGCAAUGGCAGCAUCACGCAAAGGACACAAGAAUACUACCUCUAGAAAUUCCUACAAAGACAAAGGGGGUAAAUCUUCUAAUAAUUCUAAAAUCCAGAAACAACUUGGUAAAUUUUAG